UGCCCGCCUGCCUUCUCCUCCCCUGAGCUGCUGGGCUGCUGACUCAGCCAGAGGGAAAACUCAAAGGGCACCCAGCGGCCCUGCCUCAGCUCUUGCAGGAUGUAGCCAGAGCGGCCGCUGCCUGCAGGACUCCUGGCUGGCCCUUCUGGCCCUGGAGUGGAGGGGUGGGGAACGAGACUUUCCUGUCCGCGCCACAAACAAAGCAAAUGCUCAGUUCCUCUCUGGAAGGAGCAGAAGUCAGCAUGACAGCAAUAGCAGUGCAGGCGCAGCAGUUAUUCCACAGACAACCCAAGAGAUCAUUCUUUGAGACGUUUAUUAGGAGCCUAAUUAUCCUGUGUGUUGCAAUAGCAAUAGUCCUGUCAUCCAUUUCAGUGUGUGAUGGUCACUGGCUACUUACCAAAGGAAAACUCUUUGGAUUGUGGUAUUUUUGUACCAUUGGGAACAAUAGUGCCCUUCAAUGUACCACCGAUUUUACACUGGCCAACAUCAAUGGACUCAGUGUUGGAAUGAUUCUUGCAAGAAGUAUGGUGUCUUUUGCUGUUGUAGUAGCAAUCUUUGGUCUGGAGCUUCUCAUGGUCUCUCAAGUGUGCGAUGACAUCAGUUCAAGAAAGAAGUGGUCAAUGGGAUCAGUCCUCAUUCUUCUCUCAUUUCUGCUCUCAUCCAGUGGAGUUUUGAGCUUCUUGAUCCUUGUAAGAGACUACAUCACCUUCAUGGGCUUUACGUUAUCCUACUGGUGCGAGUUCAUUGCUACUUUCCUUUUCUUCCUCAAUGGAACCAGUGGGCUUCACCUUAACACCAUAACAUUUCCUUGGAACAGGAUGAGAAAAAAUUAAGGAUGUUGGAUGUCAGGUCUGUUAAAUACAGGAUGUCAGGACUCUGUAGUGCUCAAAAAUGACACCAGAGUUUUUAGAGCACGCACCAAACAUUUUGCAGCUGCAUGCUACAUUCAGAAGACAUGUCCAAGAUUAGAUGAUAAUGGAUAUUUAACCCUGGGAAGUUGGAUAUUAAAACCAGCUUGUGCGGAAGGGGGGUGGUUUAAACGAUGUAACUGUCAAUGUAAUGAAACAACAAAUGAAUGAUUUACUUAAUUUAAAGCUCAGUGCAUAAGCUGAAGAAAGCUAAGCCAGCUACUAUAAACCAUAAGUAGUAUGGGGUCAUGACCACUUUGGGGGUCGAAUGACCCUUUCACAGGGGUCGCCUAAGACCAUCGGAAAACAGUCUUUAUAUUUUAUAUAUACUAAUUUUAUGGUUGGGGGUCACCACAACAUGAGGAACUGUAUUAAAGGGUUGCGGCAUUAGGAAGGUUGAGAACCACUGGACUAGAGUAACGGUGCUCAGGGUUGUACUCUUAAGUUCUGUUGAAAAUAAUGUGAUAUUUCUAUGAUAAACAAAUAUCAUUACUUUCAGUGAGACUUAAGUUACAACUAUUUUUGUAAGCAGUCGGACCCCUUCACCCACUAACAGGUGCCACAAAGGGCUGAAGACUAGCAAGACACUGCUCCCCACAAAAUGGAUUCUUCUCAGAGGCCGUUUCCGCAUGAAGGCGGAAGCGGCCGGGUCCCUGAUAUUUUACAACGCGCGUGCGACAACUGGCGGCAACUGGAGAC